AUGUCUCUUUGUCGAAUACUUCGUCCUUAUUAUAAAUUAUUUAAACGCUCGAAAAGUCUUUCAUCAUUAUCUUCAUAUCGUGAUCGAUCAUUUUACAAAUAUUUUGUCGAUUUUCAAACACGAUUGCGUGACAAUGAUUGUUAUGGUCAUGUUAAUUAUGUUGUUUAUGGUGAAUGGAUUGAUUCAACUAUUGAUAAAUUUUUAAUUGAACAAUGCUCAUUUGAUCAUUCAAAAUCUUCAUUACUUGAUUAUGUUGUUUAUUCUCAUUGUGAAUAUUAUAGUCCAAUAUCAUAUCCAUCAAUAAUUUCAGCUGGUUUAUUUGUUAAACGAAUAGGAAAAUCAUCUGUUGAUUAUCAGGUUGGAAUAUUUGAAAAUAACAAAUCUUUAAAAGCUUCAGCUGUUGGUGGUUUUACUAGUGUUUUUGUUGAUCGAAUGAAUCAACGUCCUCAUUCAAUUGAUGAACAACUGAGAAAGCAACUUUUAUCUAUAUCAAAUAUAAUUCAAUGA